CAGUGGGGGUCAGUGUUUGCUAUCACUACUGCAGGCAGAUAGUCUCGCUCAAGCUAAGCAGCCCCAUAAACAAUGUUUACACUCUACACUAGCUCUGUAUAACGAUAUAAAGAUGUCUCAAACUUCAUAUAGAAUUUGAUAAGCUCUGCUGGGAUCCAGCUAUGGACAUGUUUAAUAAAGUGACGGCUUUUCUGCAGCAGGCCUUGGAAACAAGGGAGCCGUCGAUAAACCUGCUGGACUCUUUUGUGGAUAACUGGAAAGCAAUAACCAACUAUUACAUUGAAACCACAGAUGAGUCUCGUCCGGUGAAGCAGACAGACAUCCCAUGGCGGCUCAGACAGAUGCUGGACAUCCUGGUGUAUGAGGAGACACAGCAAGGAGAGGAAACGGGUCCCUGCAUGGAGUACCUGCUCCAGCACAAAAUACUAGAGACACUUUGCACGCUGGGAAAAGCACAGUAUCCUCCUGGCAUGAGUCAACAAGUGAUGCUGUUCUUCUCUAAAGUCCUGAGCCAGAUCCAGAAACCUGUUCUGCAUUUAAUCAACAUCUAUCGGCCCGUACAGAAACUAGUCCAUCUAUGUGGACUCCCUGAUUCAAAGACUGAAACCGAGGAGUCUCAGUUCCUAUUUGCUGUUUGCACUCGUGUCAAAAAAGACCCUUAUGUCCUCAACUAUAUCCUUGAGAUUACCAAAGACUCUCAGAAGAGGUGCGGCUCUACCUCAGACGAGGCUGUGGAGGAGGGCUGCAGUGGAGCCUCCAGUCCUGAGAGGGCUCCCUCUCCACCAUCUCCCUCGUCCAGCGCUGCCUCCUCCUGUUCGGCCCAGAGCGGAGCUCAUCCCUCCAGCUCACCUCAGACAGCCACAGGCAUUAUACCUGUCCUCAUGCACCUGGGGAAAAGUGAGAAAAGUCGUGUUAUGCUCAGAUCCAUGGAGAGUUUGCUGCUUCUGGUCAGUUUACCACAAGAAGACACUGGACAUCUGCUGGCUGAUGGAACGAUACUGUGUCAUCUACUCGCUCAGAGACUGACUGAACUUUACUGCCUCAUACCCUCAUCACUCGACCCUGCAGACAUUCACAGCUACUCCUGUGCACAGUGGAGGGAUCAGUUCACACAGGACAGUACAGAGGAGAGCCAGUCGUUUCCUGGCAGUGAGAACGUCCACAGGUUCUUCUGCUUUUUGGACUACUGCAAUGAGCUCACCAAGGAAGCACCAAGGGUACUUGGUGUUAAAAUGGCCAGAGCAAUUCACCUUCAGUGGCUUAAAGGAGUCAUUCAGCCUCAUCUGCUUCAGAUGUCAGAGGUUGGGAUCCUGGUACACACCGCUCUGCUGUCCUGUUCUGUACGUCACAUACGUUCUCCUGCGCUCCUGGAGGAACUGGUUCAGUUUCUGCUGGGCAGCGACACACAUUGCGAACAGCGACAGGACACGCAUUCACACAUUCUACGUUACCGCCUUAUUGAACACUGCAAUCACAUCUCAGAUGAGAUCAGUAUCACAACGUUGCGUCUCUUUGAGGAGCUUCUACAGAAGCCCAGCAAGAGCAUCUUAACCAAUCUGGUGCUGCGUAACCUUGAGAAGCGCAGCUACAGGCUGCCCGGGUCCGGGGUCACGGACGAGAGACAUGGAGUCGAGAGUGAUGUCCUGGAAGAGUCUGAGGAGCUGGAAGAGGAUCCCUUCUUCACAGACAUGUAUGAAGACAGUGGGUUCGGAGGCCAGGAGCCUCUUCUGUCUCUGCCCAGUGUCAGAGAGAGACAUAAUCCUAGUGCGCACACACAAGUUGCUGACAUCGUCAAUAGCUUCUUGUGUUUAGUGCCCCAAGAAGCAAAAACAUCCCAUCUGGUGCAGGGAGCAGGAUAUGACACAUAUGUUCAUGAUGCACACAAACUGUUAAAAGAAUGUAUUGCUCUUUCACGGGACUGGAACUGGCCAGAUUCUGCCAAAACCACUGAAUCCAACCCGGCUACAGACUUCUAUGAAGGGCAUUUCCUGCAAAUCCUGUUUGACCGGAUUGCACGCAUACUAGAGCAGCCGUAUGAGCUGAAUCUUCAGGUGACGUCAGUUCUGUCCAAGUUAGCCGUGUUUCCUCACCCUCACCUGCACGAGUACCUGCUGGACCCGUACAUCAGCCUGAGCUCUGGAGCGCGAUCGCUCUUCUCCACUCUAGUCAGGGUGAUCGGGGAUUUAAUGCAGAGGAUCCAACACAUCCACAAUGUGACAGACAAACUGAUGAUGAUCAGGAGACAGCUGAUGGGACUGGAGGAGGAGACGAUGGUGGAUCAUGUGACCCUGAUGAAAGGUGUGAUAGUUCUGGAGGAGUUCUGCAAGGAACUGGCUGCUAUAGCGUUUGUCAAACUACCCAUAGAAGAGCAGUGAACUCAUGAUGCUGAAACCAAAGACAAUACAACGGAUCAGCACCCAACAACAUCUGCUGGAGGACUCCAUCACUGGAAGAAAGUGGAUUUGCACAGAACUGAGUUAAGUGGCAAUAUCUAUAGAUAUACAAGUCACUUUUGAUUAAUGUUGUCAGAGAGGAGUCAACCUGUCUGAUGGCAGUUUUGCCCAAGAUAAAAUAUUAAAAAAAUUCAGACGGGUGCUACAGGAUUUCACAAUGACUGCGUGAUGUACGAAGUCGCUUAUUCUCCACAGCGGCACAUCUUGCUGUAUGAUUACAUUUCACUUUGUGGAAGCAAUAGAAAAAAAUAUUUCUCUCUUGCACAAUAUUUAAGUUUUUUACUAUAUAUUCUAUAUUUUAUAGAAAUUUUAAGGCCCAAUCAGUCAGUUCCCUCUGUAAAUGAUUUUUUUUUUUUUGCAUUCAGAUAUGCUAUUGAAAACCUGAUCUCAGAUCAGGAUUCUAACACUAUCAAUUUUAGGCUCCCUCUUCAACUUUUCUUUCUGAAGUACAAACUGGAGUUGUUUAAGUAUAUCGUAAUGGUGUAAUGAAAGUAUAUCAUUAUUUAUCUUUAAUCUACUUUCUAAAGCCUGUGAAUAAUUAGUGUUGUUUUAUAUUUCUGUAUGUUAUAUGCCUGAAUCAAAGGGCCAGAGAGGUACACAGAUUUGUUUGGUUUGUGUGGUUGUGAUUUGCCAUUGGCUGGUACUCACAACUGAUCUUUAUUUUCUAUAGAGGUCUGACAUCUGUACGCAAUACAUGCUUAAUUCUGUUGUCACAACAAUAAACUCCUAAAAUAUU